AUUCUCCUAACCAAACCAUGUCCUAGGUUACACAAACAACAACAAUGUUGUCAAUAUUUUGGGCAUUGGCAUUGUCAUUAUUAGCAUGCCAAAGCUACCACCCUAUAACAUUAACCAAUGCCCAAGCACCUUCAAAGUUACCAACUUCAACUUCAACUCCAAAAUCACCAAUUACAAACACACACACACAUCCAAAUGGACCUUCUAAUAAUUCACCAAUUACAAACACAAAUUCAAAUGGUGCACCUUCUAAAUUGCCAAGUGCAACUUCUCCAACUUCUUCUUCUUCUAAUACACCAAAGGUGGUAGCAUCAUCCCCAUCUACUAGCAAAACACCAAUCACAACCACAUCUUCAUCACCAACCAAAUUGCCAAAUUCCCCAACUUCUACUACUACUACUACUUCCCCUUUGAAACAACCUCAACAACCAAUUCCCAAGGCUACUUCUUCUCCUUUCAAACAACCUCAACAACCAAUUCCUAAGGCCACUUCCCCAACCUCUUCUACUUCUUCCCCUUUGCUUCAACCCCAACCAAUUCCAAAGGCCACUUCACCAAUCUCUUCACCAACUCCUAAGGUAAUACCCACACGUCCAACAUCUUCUGCUCCUAUCAAACCGCCCCCGGUUCCUUUUGUUCCGGUUAAACCACGACCAAUUCCUAUUGCUCCAAUUAAACCACUACUACCAGUACCCAUUGCUCCUAUCAAACCACCACCAAUUCCCAUUGCCCCGAUUAAACCACCUCCGAUUAAACCGCCUCCGAUUCCUGUCGCACCGGUUGAACCACCCCCAAUUCCAAUUGCCCCAAUUAAACCACCACCUAUUAAACCUCCACCAAUUUCAAUUGCUCCAAUUAAGCCACCACCAAUUAAACCACCACCGGUUCCUAUUACACCCGUUGAACCGCCACCAAUUCCAAUUGCUCCAAUUAAACCAAUUUCAAUUACUCCGAUUAAACCACCACCGGUUAAACCACCACCAAUUAAACCACCACCGGUUCCAAUUGCUCCAAUUAAACCACCAGCAAUAGCACCAAAAGCACCCACACCAAAGAUCCCACCACCACAUCCACCUAAAAAAGCACCAAUUGUACCACCACCACUGCCACUUCCACCAACACCAUUACCAUCAGCACCAGCACCACCACCUCCUAAACACAAGAAGAAGGCACCCGUAAUAUCACCGGUGCCUUCUCCAGCAAGUAACACUCCUACACCUGCACCCUCACCAUUGCCAUACACCCCAGCACCUUCCCCUGAUGACUAUGCUCCUCAACCUCCACCACCACACAGGCAUAGAAGAAGGAGACACAAGCACAAACACAUCAAGCAUCACCAUCCACAAUCUUCUUCUUCCUUUGAUCUUGCUCCAGAACCAUCAUCAUCAUCAUCAAUCAUUAGAAAGAGUCCACCAGCACCAUUAGUUGAUGAUACUACUCCCAUUGAUACUCAAGACACACCAUCACCUGCACCAAGUGCAAAUGGGAACGGUGCAUCAUCAUACAAUGAUCAAGUGAGAAAGAUGUUGGCAAGUGUUGGAUUUGCUAUUGCCAUUUUGUUUUGUCUCAAUUGAUAAUAUGUUGCUUCAAUCUCUAAGGAGCUCCAUCUUUGCUUUGCAAAUUAAAUAUAAAAAAAAAUGAAAAUGAUUUGCUAUAUAUAUGAUACUCAAUAAUAUGAAGCUAUACAUAUAAUUUAUUUAUUUUUCUUUGUUCUUUGA